AUGCCUCUUUCAUUCCCCAUCUUCACUGAUUCCCCAGAAGUCCUUCAAAAGGAUCUCAGUGGAUCAAACAAACCACAAUAUGUGAUCUUUUUCGCCUCCCUCAAGCCUGAGACAAACGAAUCUUGGUGUGGAGAUUGCCGAAGCGCCGAAGGUCCCUUGACUGAGAAGCUUCAUGUAGCUGCAAAGGAGAACAGGGUUAAGCUCAUCUAUGGAGGAUCUCAGGCUGAAUGGAGAGAUUUGUCGCCGGGAAAGAAAAGUCUUUGGAGAGAAGAGCCAUGGGGUAUCGAUAGAUUGCCUACUGUGGUGAAGAUCACUGGGGAGAAAUGGGAGAAGUUGAUUGAGGAAGACUGUUAUAAUGAUAAGAAGUUGAGUGCUUUUGUCGAGGAAUAG